AUGAAUCAGCAGUUCAAUUUAAAGUCGAGUUUCUAUGAAAAUUUCAACUCUUCAAGAUCAUUUAGCUCAUCGAAUAACGUUCCUGAUAACAAUGAAUCAAUAGUUAAAGAAGUAAAAGCAGAUUAGUAGCUAAAGCAACAAAUGAUGAAGCAUAGAAUCAUCAUACAUACAUUUCCCAAUGAUAAGGAUCCUUCCCCAAACACUAUAGAAAUAGACAAGGACACUGGUAAAGUUCAGAUGAUUUCAAAGAACGACAAAAUUUCGGUUCAGAUGGUUAAGAAUAAAACCUACUACGCAUUGUUUGAGACAUUUUUACCAGCGGGCUAUCCAAACUCUGUUGGAGAUGGCUACCUUAAAUUUGCUAUGUACAAUAAUCUAUCAUCUCUUUGCAUCACUGCCAUGUCAUUCCUGUCAGCUCAGAGUUUAUUCGUGGCUAUUGGAAGUACAAUGACCUAAGCCAAUAUAGCAGCGGCUGCUUACACCUGGGUACUUAAAGAUGGUAUCGGGUAGCUAGGAGCAAUUCUGUUUGCUUCUAGAUACGGUAGGAACUUUGACGAGGACAUUAAGAAGUGGAGAUUCAUGGCAAUGGUUGCUCUAAACAUUUCUAUAUAUAUCGAAAUUCUCACUCUCAAGUUCCCCAAUCAUUUCCUGGCACUAGCCUCCACUGCCAACAUUGGUAAAAAUAUAUGUUUCCUACUAUCUGCUGCAUCGAGAGCAAGUAUUAACGUUCAAUUUGCAAAGAGAAACAAUAUUGGUGAUAUCUCAGGCAAGAGUGUUUCUCAGUUUACAGCAUCAACACUUGUAGGAGUAAGCAUUGGUCUUCUUCUUUCUAAAAUGAUUGAUAUUACUUCUAUUUCACAACUAUACCCAGUAUUUCUGAUACUAACUGUAAUGAAUAUAACUACAUCUUACUAUGCCUCAAAGGUUAUCGAUGAAGUCUAUCUAAAUAACCAAAGAGCUUUCCUACUAUUUAAUGAAUACUUUGAGUCGAACAAAUAGAGAAUAUUAAGUUGUGCUGAAGCAAAUAAUAAAGAAGUGUUCUAUCUACCAAAUGCUUUUAAUCUAAUGAAUUGCAAGUUCAUUAAGUUCGGUCACCACACUAUAGGCAAAGUCAUAGCUACCAGCAAACCUCAUUACUACACUAAGAGUGUUAUACUUUAACUAGAGAAGAAUGAUAGGAACUUCGUUUAUCAUGUUUAACUUCUCAAUAGACCAGCAAGGAAGUUGAAGUACUUUGCGAAUAACAACAGAAUAUAUUAGAUUCAUCUGAACAUGAGCAAGAAUGCAACAAACUUUGACAUUAUGAAGGCUUACUAUUUCUCCAGACUAUUGGAUUAGGAACUCUACAAAAAGCAGCUAGAUGGGAAGAUAGAUACUAAUAAGAUCGAGUAAUCUAUUAAAGCUGCAGAGAUAGAGUUUUAGCAGACUAACUUCAAUGAAUUUGAGUAAAAUCUAAAGAAAAACGGCUGGUCUCUUGACUACAUUUACCUUGAUCCUAAGAAAAACAGAUACAGCGUCGAGAAUAUCAUUAGUUGA